GGGCGGGGCCUAGUUAGGCUUCGCUGUGUUUUGACGUGAGAUGGAAAGUGUCGGCGCCGGGUGGAGACAUGGAGAUCGGCGGCCUGCACCGGGAGCGAUCUGAGGGGGAUGAACACUGGAGACUUCUGGAUAAUCUGAAAACCACGGUGGAAGGGCUGGUCUCUGGAAACAGCCGCAAUGUGUGGUCAAAGUAUGGAGGUCUGCAGAGGCUUUGCCGAGAUAUGAGCAGUAUUCUACAACACGGCCUCCUCUGUGAUCAGCAGGUCUAUAAUAAGGCGCAUGACUACUGGAACUUUGUGAAGAGCAGUCAGCGGUUGAACCCUGGAUCAUCACCUCAGGUGGAGCAGUUCCUUCGCUUCUGUGAGAGCAAUCAGAGGAACGGCGACGGCUCCAGUGAGGACAACGGAAAAUUGUGGUUACAGCACAGUCUCCAAGUCCACAGCCUCUCAGCUCAGCUAAAGUCCCUGCUUGGGAACAGACCGUACACCAAGAAGUUCUAUUCAGAUACAGCCUUCCUGUUGAGUGACAGAUAUGUAACAGCCAUGUUCCAGUGCUUGGAGGCAGUGGAGCAGAAUAACCCCAGGUUAUUGGCCCAAAUAGACACAUCUGUGCUUGCUGGCAAGAGAGAGUUCACAGUUUCCGGAAAGAGUUUAAGUCUGACUCUACCUGUUACACCAUUCAUCCCCUACACGGGGAGUCCAAACCAUUCCAUGUAUAACAGCCUGCAAGGUCCAGCCACUCUUCCCAGCAAUGGUAUGAGUUAUGAGGACUUGGACUCCAGCUUGGUUGAUCAACAAAAUAAUGUUUAUAAAGUGAGUGUAUCUUUGCCUGUGAACGAGUCCAAUCCUGCCAUCCAUGACUUGUCGCCUCAUGAACCCUUUUCUCCUGUUAGCGAAAUGAGUAUAAGCACUUUAACCAGCCACAGUGAAGAGACUCUUAGCCCAGACGACCCUUCGAGUGAGGCAGAUGAUGGUCCUGAGUACCUGGCUAUUGGAAACAUGAGCCGCAGAGCAUCAACGCAGAGCAGUAGCAGCUCAAAUCUCUUCACUGGUUCUCAACCGCCGGAUACACCAGUUCAGACAACACCGGUUAUCCCCAGCCUGUCUCUGCUCUCUGUCCCACGCCGCUCCAGCUUUUCAGAGGGGCAGAUCUGUAACUUGCCAAAGCAUGUCAAAAAGAGUCACAUGCGCUCGCAUUCUGACACCAAUGUGACUAUUGGGAAAAAUCAAGGAGGUGACCGGGAUAUCACUAUUAUAAUGGAGGAUCCUGUGGCAGAAUCCCAUGCUGAACUGUUCAGAAGAGGCAAUGUUCCCUGUAAUGGAAAAACCAAUGGCACUGACUCGCUUUACAUAGAUUAUGACAGCACCCAAUACUUGAAUUGCACAGAAGGGAUAUUUCGAAGGCCAUCAGAGGGACAGUCAUUAAUCAGUUACCUUUCUGAGCAGGAUUUUGGCAGCUGUGCCGACUUGGAAAAGGAAAAUGCUCAUUUUAGCAUUUCAGAGUCUCUCAUUGCGGCUAUUGAACUCAUGAAGUGUAACAUGAUGAGCCGUCGGCUUCAGGAAGAGGAAGAAGACAGCGAUCGUGAAAUCCGGGAGUUGAAACAGAAAAUUCGUCUAAGGCGGCAACAGAUCCGUACUCAGAAAAGGACGAGCAAUGACGACCAAUCCAGCAGUGUUGGUGUAACAGAUAGCAGUUCACAGAUAAGUUCCCAUGACUCGGCUCAUCUGUCUGAUUCUGGUUCUGUAGGUGAAGUGGAUCAAUAUGAAAUCAAAGAUAAUGAUGGUCGUAACCUGAUUGUAGUGUAUAGAAAUGGACUCUCUGUCUCAAUGGCUUCGCUUUUCUCAGAUGCAGACAUUAAAAAGUCCACAAGUUUUCAGCCUGUGCUAAAUCCAGAAUCCAUAUCUCACUCCUUCCUUCACUCAAACUCUGCUGAAGCUGUGGCCAUGGGUCUCCUGAAACAGUUUGAGGGUAUGCAGUUACCGGCUGCAUCGGAGCUUGAAUGGCUGGUUCCAGAACACGAUGCUCCUCAGAAGCUCCUGCCAAUCCCAGAUUCCAUGCCAAUCUCUCCAGAUGAUGGAGAACAUGCAGACAUUUACAAGCUGCGGAUUCGGGUUCGAGGAAACUUGGAAUGGGCCCCACCAAGACCACAGAUCAUCUUCAACAUACACACCGCUCCAACGAAGAAGGUAGCGGUCACAAAGCAGAAUUACAGAUGUGCUGGAUGUGGUAUUAGGAUUGAACCUGAUUACAUCAAAAGGCUACGCUACUGUGAGUACUUGGGGAAGUAUUUUUGCCAGUGCUGUCAUGAGAAUGCUCAGUCGGUCAUCCCAGGACGCAUUUUGAGGAAAUGGGACUUCAGCAAAUAUUAUGUCAGUAACUUUUCUAAGGACCUUCUCACCAAAAUUUGGAGUGAUCCUCUAUUCAACCUCCACGAUAUAAAUAGUGGCAUGUACCGCAAAGUAAAAGCACUGGAGCAAGUCCGGUUACUAAGAAUACAGCUGGUACAUCUGAAGAACAUGUUCAAAACUUGCAGACUGGCCAAAAACAUACUUGAAUUAUAUGACAACGUACCUGGACACCUUACUGAAGACCUUCAUCUCUUCUCCUUGAAUGACCUUACUGCCAUUAAAAAGGGGGAUUUGGGGCCCCGAUUAAAAGAGUUGGUGAGGCUUGGAACCUUACAUGUGGAAAAAUGCAUGUUGUGCCAAGCUAAAGGCUUCAUUUGUGAAUUUUGUCAGAGUGAUGAGGUCAUCUUUCCCUUUGAGUUGUCUAAAUGCCGGAGAUGCGAAGAAUGUAAAGCUUGCUAUCACAAAGGCUGCUUCUGCUCUGAUCACUGUCCAAAGUGUGAACGCUUACGGGCAAGGCGGGAUCAAAUGGCCAAGCAAAGCCUUGAAUCCUACAACUCUGAACCUGAAGAGGAGGAGACGAUACAGGAAAGAGAGACUGACUGUCCUGAAUAGGGAGGAAGGGAACAAAAUAGAAGAACCAAAUGCACCUUAUCCCUGGGCUACAGGUUCCACAGCACCUUUGGGUUCUACAACAAAACUCUUUGAGUUAUCAUAUCUGUUGAACCAAAAUACUUCUAUUAGUAACAGCUCAUCUUACUUUUAUUCCAAAAUUGGACCCUUUACUUGUCCGUAAUACAGAAGUGUAACUUGGUUAAAGCUAUAGGACUGUGAACUUUGUUUUCCAAGUACAAGUCAACGUAGAGCAAAUCCUCGUGUUAGGAUUUUGGAAUGGAGCUCAAACUCGCUGACUAUGACAAAGCUGGACAAGUUGGCCACACAUGGCUUUGCUGUUUGGCCUGCUGUCUGUUGUUGACCGGUAUGUCACACCCCAAAUUUAAAUAAUUUUUCUGGAAUAAAGGACAUGUCAGAUUUCCACAGGGUGUGGGGAACACUUGUUAGGAACAAAUGAUUGAAUAAUCUGUAGGCUUGGUUACAUUGCUGUUCCCUAAUAGUGGUAAAUCAAGUGUCUCACUUCAAUGGCUGAGGGGGCAACCAGGUCUUCCACCUAUAUAAGCAGAUUGCAAGAUUGACAAACUAACAGUCAUGAAAGUCAUACUUGUGACUUCAGCUCUCUGCUUGUGUGGUUGAUUUUGUCCAAAAAAAAAAAGGGAUAUGUGUUGCCUCCAUGGCAGAAUUUCGGUCUGUUUUGUUUCGCUCUUGGGACUAUUAUGAGCUUAACACUGAACUUUCCAGUUAGUUACCACAUUAUGGUAUUCAUUUCCACAUAAUAAGAUGUGCGGUGCAGAAAGCGCACGAGAGCCCACCAGGUGACUUUAUCUCACAUGGUCCUUGCCUUUAUCCUGGUUGCUCUCUUUAUCUAUUACUUCUACUGUUAAAUCAUACAGCUUUUUAGCACAAUUCUAGAAACGGGUUGCAUAGUCCUGCCGUAACCCUACAGCUACAAGAAUUCAAUGCUUGAAACAUGAUUCUCAAAUAAAAGGCCUGGCCUUCCUAUUCCAAUCUUGUUGGUUGAACUAAAAAAAUAACGCAAACUGACAAAGACUAAGUGGCCUUUGGGGCAGCUGACAGUCUCCACGUGUAUUGCACUAAUGUACUAAUUGAUUGUAUACCCAGCCACAGUAUUGAUUUGUCCAAAGUGUUGAACAUUGUUAUUGUGUACUCAUGUUAUUUAAGUAUAGGCACUUUCCUAAUUCUCUGUUAAUGUGAUUUAUUUAGUUGGAGCUAAGAUUCUAUGUAAAUGAGCUACUACUGGAAUGUAAUAUAACACAGGUGAGGUGUCCUUCACAUGUUCUAAUUUUUGGCAGCUCAUGAACACUCUCCUGUGCCUGUUUUUUGUUGUCUACUACCUCUCUGCACUUACACUGGACUGAUUUGUCUUGGUGUGAAGGUGCUAAUGCAGAGUUCUUCUUAUUUUUCUCGUCUUUUUUUGUUUGUGUGUUCAUAUAGCAAUAUAUUCAUAAGCUAACACUGAUCAUUAUAUGCACAUUUUUUUUUUUAAUUCAAUAUGGUCAUUCACCAGCCAUAGCGGAUAUAAUUUUAAGAGAUAAAUCUGUAUCUAACUUUGUAAAUAACUAGUAAACUGCCACCUCCUUGGUC